CAGAGCAUGGCUUCAAGUGAUCUUUUAGCGCAGAUUCAGGCCGGGAGGAAGUUGAAAAAGGCGGAGACUAAUGACAGAAGUGCACCCUCGGUUGAAACCGCAAAGGGUGGCAGGGCGGCUUCAUCCUCCGCUGCGGUUGGACUGCCAAUGGGUGGUCCUAUGGGAGGUGGUGGACCUCCCCAACUGGGAGGUUUGUUCGCUGGCGGAAUGCCCAAGCUGAAGCCAGCUGGGCAAGGUAGUCUUGCUAAGCCUCCGACGUUAGGGAAGCCCCCAACGAUACCGAAAUCAGACAUUUCAACAUCAAGCUCUUCUUCUGCGCCUCUAAGAGCAGUACCUCCGAAGCCUUUAACAGUGGCUCCUUUGAAACCUUCGGCUCCUAAACCUCCUGCGUCGAAACCCUCUACCUCAGGACCCACACCUCCUAACAGGCCUGCUCCAAGUCUGCCUCCUCGAGCAACCAUAAGUGCACCACCCAAUGCUAAUGCACCAUUACCUCCCCGGCGAGCCCCGCAGCCUAUGCGGAACCCGAGCCCGCCAGCAUCUCCACCUGCCAUCCCCCCUAGAGGCCAGUCUCCACUCCGAACAUCAUCGCUCUCACGACCUCCUCCUGCAGUACCUCCUCGUAACAAUCCUCAAGUAGGCCACUCGCCGAGUAAGCUUGCACCCUCUGCGCCUUCUUUGCCUCCCAGGGGUCCGCCACCACCACCUCGCCGCCCUUCCAGUACAACUCCUCCGACUCCAGCCCGAUCCGCUCCUCCACCUCCAGCACGCAAGCCGCCCUUGUCGGGUCUUCCAGCUCAGCCAUCUCGCGUUCGAGCUCUCUCUGAAGCAGAACUAUCGUCUCCAGAAUCUCCCUCUUUGGCGGACCGAACCCCACCUCCUCCAUCUAGACCACCGAGUAAAUUCCCGCCGCCUCCUGGAAGUCGACGAAUUCCUACCGCCGCGGCAUCCGAGCGACCUCCAGCGCCACGACGAAGAAUCCCCUCCCCUCCCCCAAAGGCAGGUGCACACACUUUCCAAGUCACAGGCUUCCCCCCGCCACGAGAAUUUCACCCAAGUCAGAAACGUUAUGAAAGUGGGAACGCGGAGGGAUGCACGUUUGACACCAGUGUGUUGUGAAGGGGUACGACGCGCAAGAGAUGACGAAUACCAGAUUACACGACUGAGGUGUGAUUCGUUGGUUGCUCGCUGAACGCGAUGCUUAUUUAAAUGUCGGAAAAAGUUGGUGGUAGGUAGAAAUUGUGAUGCAUGUCGUUUUCUCCGGGGGAUAUAUCGCUUUCACAUCGGAUCCAUGCCCAACUGUACAUAUUUUGUGUAGAGAGCAAUAGAAGACUCUAGAGAAGACUGACCAAAAA